ACACGACGGCAGACGGGACGGUGCAGGUGCGCGAGUGCGAGCGGGAAAAAGGCUGUGCGGUCACUGCUACUCUGUGUGUUAUUUCAGAGUUACAGGCCAAACAUUCUGAUGUGCGGCCGAAUCAAAUCGACUUUUUGUGUGCAUCGCCCCAGCGUUCGUCUUAAUUAAUUAGUGAUUGCAAGCGGGUGCAAUUAUGCACAAAAUUACGGACUAAUACAACUGCCCGCUUCGCGCUCUCUCCAUCUCCCUUCCAAAUAGUCGUUUGCUCUUCGCACACAAAAGUGUAAACCCUGUGAAAGGAUAUAGCGUAGGACCAGUGAACAAACAAGUCCGAGAGAGCGACAAACAAAGGACCGUGCACUGGGCACCUGAAGGCAGACAGCUGGCAACGAAUCAGGAGAGGAUCAGGAGAGCAGGAUCAGCGGGCACAAGGAUCACCGGAGCAGGCAAAGGAAACACCUGGCACACAGCACAGCCACUGAGAGCGACGUGAACCAAUGGGCACCAAUUCGGGAGCCACCGCUGGCAUAAACAACAAGCCGGUUGGCGGUGCAACAGGAGCCGGCGUCCUUGUAGGCGGCGGUGUGGGCGGUGCCAAUUCCUCGAUCGGCGGUGUCCUGUCGAACAGCCUGGGCGGUGGCGGCAGCGGCGGUCUGAGCAUCAGCGGCCUCAACGCUGGUGGACAGAACGCCAAUGUGGGCGGAAUGGGCAACGUUGGCGGCGACGACGGCGGAAACGGGAUGGUGGGCGGCGGUGUAAAUAACCAGCAGGCCACAACGCCCCAAUACACAAUACCGGGCAUCUUGCACUUCAUCCAGCACGAGUGGUCGCGCUUCGAGCUGGAGCGAUCACAGUGGGACGUGGACAGGGCCGAAUUGCAGGCUCGCAUUGCUAUGCUGCUUGGAGAGCGCAAGUGCUUGGAAAGCCUCAAAUCGGAUUUGACGCGCCGCAUCAAGAUGCUGGAGUACGCACUGCGCCAGGAGCGUGCGAAAUUCUAUCGUUUAAAAUACGGCACCGAUCCGCCGCAGCUCAAUGAGUUCAAGCCAUCGAACGAGGAUGCCGGACUGGCCGGUGAGGUGGCCACUGACUCGGAGGUGCCCUACAGCAGUGUCUCGAACACUACGUGGCGGCAGGGGCGUCAGAUGCUGCGACAGUAUCUGGCCGAGAUUGGCUACACAGACAACAUCAUCGAUGUGCGUUCAAAUCGGGUGCGUUCGAUCCUUGGCCUAAACAAUAAUGCCGAGCACGACGGCAGCGGCGGAGGACUGGGUGGUGGACUUGGCGGCGGCACCGGCGGCGAGAACCUUAGCCCAAACAUCAAUGGAAACGAGAGCAACAAACGCGCAUCGGAGACGGAAGGCCGUCAUACUCCCGCUAAAAAAGUGCAACAAUCGAUCGAUGAAAUAAUCGUGGACACCGAGGCAGCUGUGAUGGCGAACUUUGAGUUCCUGGGCGCCACCGAGAUGUCCGACGACGACGAGAUAUCUGACGAUCUGGAAAUGGUGGCCACCGACAAUGACGACACAGACGUAAAGCUGGCCAAGCGCGCCAAGUCUGGCAAGGAUAUGCUCACCGAGGAGGCCGAUGUGGGAGAGCAGCUAUUGAACGAUAUGAAUCUCAUGACUGAAGAGGUGGACGGCUCGUUGGGACUGGGUGAGCUUGCCCAGCUGACGGUGAAUAACGAAUCUGAUGGCGCCUACGAUGCGAACUCCAAGGAUGGAACUGGCGGCAGUGCCGGCGGUGCUGGUUACCGCAAAACCUGGAACGCCAAGUACACGCUUCGCUCGCACUUUGACGGAGUACGAUCACUUAUCUUUCACCCAGAGGAGCCGGUGCUGAUCACGGCUUCCGAGGAUCAUACGCUUAAGCUGUGGAACCUUCAGAAGACGGUGCAGGCCAAAAAGUCGGCCAGCUUGGAUGUGGAACCGCUGUAUACGUUCAGGGCCCAUACGGGUCCAGUUCUGUGCCUGGGCAUGUCGUCCAGCGGCGAGACAUGCUAUUCGGGCGGGCUGGACGGUAACAUUGAAUGCUGGCAAUUGCCGUCGCCGAAUAUCGAUCCGUACGAUUGCUAUGAUCCGAACGUGCAUUCCGGCACGCUCGAGGGGCAUACGGAUGCCGUGUGGGGCCUUACCACCAUGCAAAGCAACAUUGUGUCAUGCUCAGCGGAUGGAACGGUUAAGCUGUGGUCGCCAUACAAUAAGGAACCGCUGCUGCGCACAUACACAGCCUCCGAGGCAGAGGGUGUACCCUCAUCCGUUGACUUUGUUCGCAAUGAGGUUGACCAUAUCGUGGUGGCCUACAACAGUGCCCACUGCAUCGUGUACGAUACGGAGACGGGCAAGCAGGUGGUGCGUCUGGAGGCGGCGCAGGAGAUGUCUGGCAACACGGGGAAGUUCAUUAACAAGGUGGUGUCACACCCAACGCUACCCAUUACGAUAACCGCGCACGAGGAUCGUCACAUCCGCUUCUGGGACAACACAUCCGGCACGCUGGUACACUCCAUGGUGGCGCAUUUAGAGCCGGUCACCUCGCUGGCCGUCGAUGCUCAUGGCCUGUAUUUGCUAUCCGGCUCGCACGACUGCUCGAUACGGCUGUGGAACCUGGACAAUAAGACGUGCGUGCAGGAGAUCACAGCGCAUCGCAAGAAGUUUGACGAGAGCAUAUUCGAUGUGGCCUUCCAUGCCACAAAGCCGUACAUUGCUAGUGCCGGGGCCGAUGGCCUCGCCAAGGUCUUUGUCUAAAAGAGGCGAGACGAGACGAGACGAGACAGACAGACCCACAUCUCCCUGGCCGCGUCGGAUCGAACGAAUUCAGAAUUCGGAAUCCAGAGUGCAUAUGCAGAGUGCAGAGUGCAGAAUCCACAGCCAGUAACUCACAGCUAAGCGAUUGCGAGUUCGAGUUAAAUAAUUAUACAUACAUUAUAAAUAUACUAUACAUAUAAAUCUAAUUAUACUUCAACCGAGAACAACAACCAAUUAUAUGCAUACAAUAAUAAGAAAGGGAAAAGAGAACACAACAUAAACAUACAAAUAAUUGCUAAAAAAAAAAAAAAAAAAACACACAAACAAAACAAAAAAAAUUAAAUAAAUUCAAAAUGAGAAACGGCAUUUCGAGCAGAGCAAACAGAGUCAAGUAAAUGUAACAGACGAGAGUCGCGUAAUCUAGUAACGUAAUUCUAAAGCAAUGCAUAAUAAUACGGCAAAUAACCACAAAUAAGUGCAACCCACGGACAUUAUGUAUUUGUUCAAAAUAACAACGUAGCAAUGAAAAAGUUUGAUCUUGUCGUGGAUCUUUAUUUUGCCCACCAGUUGGCGGGAUCAACCCAAGAUCGAUCCUCUUUUCGGUUCUAGUUUUAAUAGCACUUGCACAGCGAUUGUUCUUAACCAAGUCGGCCUAUAUAAAUCAGUCAGACUUCCUGUACAUUUUAUAUACAUACACAAACCACACAUAUAUAUAUAUUGAAACUUAUUCUAUGCCCAUGGCAAAUCUUGAAUGUGGAGCAUCUGACAUAGGCACUCUCGCUGUGCAAGUGCCAGGAUACACACGUAUCCUUCGCUGCUGGCGAAGGAAAGUGUAUUGAAACAUUUACGUAACGAUUAAAACGAUGUAGACGAUCAAAUUCUGUAGACUAAGCAAGGGCAUAUACAUACAUAUAACCAAACAAUAUAACCCGACCCCAUAUUAGCGAAAGAGCGAGAAAAAAUUGUAAAUUAACAUUAAUUAGAGGACAGUCGAGGUGAGACUUUGAUGAACGGCGGCCGGGUUUAUAUACGCAGGUAGCAAGUCAAAACACACACACACACGCGAAAAUUGUAUUUAACAAUUGGUACAUGCAGAAUGCUUAUAUAAUUUCAAUUGUCAUUACCAAGGGGAGUACGCAAUGCUUGAUGGAUUAACCACGACCAUGUGAGGAUGAGAUAUAAAUAAUAACUGCAGGCAAGCUAUAAACGUAUGCUAAGCUAUUUAUUUAAUUUAUGCCUAGUAUUAACGAAUGAAAGAAAGUUACAAACAAACAAAACAAACAAAAUGUUGGCGCCAAUCGCUGAUCCAAUGGAUUUCGUAGUUGAAUAUAAAUAGAUUCGCUUACCAUGGAUGCGUACUCGUAAUUUUAAUCAAGUAAAUUAAUAACACGAUGAAUGAACAGAUUUAGAUAUGUGACUUGAACGUGAACGCCGAGCAACUCAAUAUUAGUUUUUAGUAUUACCAAUUAUUAUUAUAUUAUUAUUACAAAUUACAUUUACGUGAGCCUUUCACCGACCGACACUCUCCACAAACCUUAAAAACACCCAAAAACUUGAUAUUCGAAACCGACGAAUCAGAAUCAAAAACGAUUGCGAUCUGUGUACACCAAGCAAAUCCUCUAUUAUUUAAAUUACGUAUUUUAAUUUACGCCUUAGUUGUUACAAUCGAGAAUCCGAAUCGCCUUUUGGAUUACCGCGGUGAUCCGAAACUCUGAUGAGCCGAUGAUGAAUGAUAAUGGUAAUAAUUAAAAUAGUUGUGGACGACCAUCGGGGGCAGCCACUCACAUAUACAUAUAUAUAUAUAUAUAUGUAUAUAUAUAUACAUAAAACUAUUGAUUUCUAAUUUUAACUGUAAAUUCUUGAUUUUUUAUUACCGUGUAUUUUUAUUUUAAAUAAAGUUUUACAAAAAGAAGCCCUGUGACUUGCGUCUGCCUUUUGAUUUCUCACAAUUCUCACAAACAGCGCACAAACUAUUCAGAUUCAGUGAUGAGAACGUUGUAGACCAGCUGGUUCUCGUUUGCAACGGUGGCAAAAGUUAAUAACUUUCACUUGGCAUUUUCAUUUUCGAACCGUUCUCGCUGCUGGCAGCAUUUUUGAUUUCUUAACUCAGUUUUGCGAACUACACCGCACAGAAUUGAAAGCAUUUUCGUUUCUACAAACCAUUACAAAUCCACUGCCGACAAACACAAGCUGCACGCAUGCGUUUUGUUUCAACAAAGACCGAGAAUUCGGAUCAGCAAUGAAAUUCUCAAAAAAAAAAAAAUUGCUAACAAAAAGUAAUGUAAUUCUCCAAACAAAUACAAAUACAAAUAAUAAAUAAAACGCGGAUCCGAUUUGGCAUUCCAACUAAUACUUAAGCCGCAGAAAGCGACGCCGAGAUGGGCACGAUAAGCAUUAUUUAACUAAGUCAAAAUAAAAGUUCAUUGUAGAUUUGAGCAUAGUGAGAAGGUCCCAGGUCCUAAUGGAACACCCAGCACAUAAGUUUAUACAUACAUAUAUAAAUAAUAAUGUCAAAGGAAAUGCAUAUUAACUGAACGAUACUUUUAUAAUAAAUUGACGAAGAAGUGCAUAAUACUCGGAGAAAUAACAUUCACACAUUUCAUGUUAAGAUACAAUAAAGUGAAU